AUGGCCGCUCUUCUCCUCAGUUGUCUAGGUCUGACAACCUCCAAGCUCAGAGCUAAGCAAAGGGCCAAGAAGGAACGCAAGCAAGAAUAUGAAGAAAAUUUCGAUUUCCUGCAGGAGCAGAACGCGAAUCGCGUUCGUCAACUUCNNUCCAACCAAGGAGAACAUCAGGGAUCCUUGGACGGCAGGACCUUGUAUGGUGAUGGAGUUACCGAUCACAGUCCCGAGAUGCAGCAACAUUCGAGAAACGGUUCAACGAUGCAAAACACGACAUUCGCACCACCAAAGUACGAUGACAUUGUCGAAGAAGAAACGUCAUCAAGGCAUUCUGGAUGA